AUAAAAUCGUCCUGCGAACCGCAUCCGCGGUGACCCACGCACACUCACCCGGAAGUCCCGCCCUACCACUCGCGCCUGACUCGGAUGUUGUUUAUCUGCCAGUGACGUCGCGCCUGCCGGAGAGGACGAGGGUGAAUAUCUUCUACAUUCAGUUUGAUGCACAGAGUGAUGUGCCUGUGAGGAAGAUCCCCCUCCCUGCGAGCAACAGACACUCUGUCUAGUGGCAACUGAUGUGAGGAAGACCCUAGCCAGGAUCAACCCACGAAAAACUGCAGAGCCAGAUAACAUGCUUGGUCUCAUGCUGAGGGACUGUCAACCCAGUUAACUGAGGUGCUAACAGACAUCUUCAACGUCUCUCUGUUCCCUCAGGCUUCAAGGCGGCUACCAUCCCAACGCCCAAGAGGGCUUAUUUGUGCAAGAAUUGCAACUGCAGCUUAUUGUGCACCAAACUGUACAAUGUUAGAUCUUCCUGUUAAAGCAGAAGAGAACUGGAAUGUUGCUUUCCCCAAAAUCAACCGCUCCAAAUCAUUCCAGAACUAUCCAUGAUCUAUGAUGCAGCCAAAAGAAGAAUAAAGUUUCUCUGCUCCCCUUAAAAAGCUUGAUGCUUGCAGUACCUUGAGAUAUCUUUUAAACAAAACCCAUAAUUGAAGAGUGAUCAUGUCUCGAGCAAGGCAACCACCACUAGUAACUGGGAUCUCUCCAAAUGAAGGAUUUCCGUGGACAAAAGUAACAAUCAGAGGAGAAAAUCUAGGAACAGGGUCCAUAGACCUCAUAGGAUUGUCCAUAUGUGGACACAACUGUUUGUUGACUGCAGAAUGGAUGUCUGCUAGUAAAAUAGUCUGCCGAGUUGGGCCAGCAAAAAAUGAUAAGGGAGACAUCAUUGUAACCACCAAAUCGGGUGGCAUAGGAACUUCAACUGUUUCCUUUAGACUGAUGAAGCAAGAGAAAAUAGGUAUCCUAGAUCAGUCAGCUGUUUGGGUUGAAGAAAUGAACUAUUAUGAUAUGCGGACUGAUAGGAAUAAAGGAAUUUCUCCCUUAUCUCUACGUCCAGCAAAUCCUCUUGGGAUAGACAUAGACAAAGGCAAAACUUCACCUAAGGAUUUGGAAGGAUUAUUUCAGGGUAUGAGUGGGGAUUUUACUAGUGAAAAAUUCUCUGCCACCUGGUAUCUGAUAGAAAAUCACUCUGCUACAAGCUUUGAUCAACUAAAAGUUGCUGCAAAUUUUUUAAGGAAACAGGCAAAUAAGAAGAAUGAGGGAAGUCUAGCCUAUGUGAAAGGAGGCCUCAGUACAUUCUUUGAGGCUCAGGAUGCUCUUUCAGCAAUUCAUCAAAAGUUGGAAGUGGAUGGGACGGAAAAAGUGGAAGGAUCUAUGACGCAGAAACUGGAGAAUGUACUCAACAGAGCAAGUAACACUGCUGAUACACUGUUCCAAGAAGUUUUGGGGCGCAAAGAUAAAGCAGAUUCUACCAGAAAUGCACUGAAUGUUCUUCAGCGCUUUAAAUUUCUCUUUAAUCUUCCCCUUAAUAUUGAAAGAAACAUUCAAAAGGGCGAUUAUGAUGUGGUUAUAAAUGACUAUGAAAAGGCUAAGUCACUAUUUGGGAAAACUGAAGUCCGCGUGUUCCAAAAAGUUUAUGCAGAAGUAGAGACACGUAUUGAUGCACUGAGGACCCUCUUGAUGGACAAGUUACUUGAGAUGCCAUCAACUCUGCAUGACCAGAAAAGAUAUAUAAGAUACCUCUCUGAUCUCCACACACCAGGUGACCCUGCCUGGAAGUGUAUAAUGGCCCAGCAUAAGUGGAUCCUGCAACUUAUGCAGAGCUGCAGGGAGAAUUAUGUGAAAGGGAAAAAGGGUGCAACUGUUCUCCAUAGCCCAAUGCUAGACUUAGACAGUGAUGUGCGGCCUUCUCCCAUAAGUCGCUUGAGUCAAACCACGUCAGUGAAAAGGGCCAGCAGUUUUCAAUCUUCUCGGGAUGAUUCUUGGCGUUUUAAGGCACCUCAGCUUGUAACAUAUGUUGACAAUCUAACAGAAAUUGUUAUAAGUCAACUGCCAAAUUUCUGGAAGCUUUGGAUAUCCUAUGUGAAUGGAAGUCUUUUCAGUGAAACAGGAGAAAAAUCAGGACAAUUUGAGAAACUUAAGAAAAAUGCCAGAUCCCGACAAAAUGAUUUCAAGAAAAUGAUUCAAGAGAUAAUAAAUUCACUUGUGAAACUCAUCCGAGGAGCUCUUCUUCCAACCAGCCUGACUGAGGUGGAGCUGAAACAAUAUGGAGGGUGGGAGGCAAAAAUGGAACUUUCAGGCCAGUGGCUAACCCACAUUAUUCAUACUAUGAGGCUUAAUUAUGAAUCUUUGACAGCACUGGAAAUUCCGAAUGAUCUCCUGCAAACAAUUCAAGAGCUAAUCUUGGAUUUGAGAGUGCAUUGUCUCAUGGUUACCUUGCAGCAGACUGCUGAUGAUGUUAAGAGGCUUGCAGAGAAAGAAGACUGGAUUGUUGACAAUGAAGGGAUCACUUCUUUGCCUUCUCAAUUUGAGCACCAUGUUGUGCAAACCCUACAAGCUCUCAAAGAAACCAUAGAUUGCAAGGCUGGAGAAACCAGUAUUUUUCAGCAUGAGAAGAACCAGCAACAUGUCUUUGAGCUUUCCAUUAACAUCAUGAAGGUUUUUAUUGAUUCUUUGGAGUACUUGAGUACAAAAGCUGAAGGAGAUCAAGAAAGCAUGCAUCUCAGUAGCCUUCCAUUAGAUAUUUCAUCCCCAGACUUACUUGGAAGCUUGCAUGAAAAUUUCACUCCUACUCCAGAACAAAGACUACUGAUUGUCCUAAGCAACUGUGAGUACCUGGCACAUCACACCUUCAACAAUUUGGCCGAACACUUUGAGAAGCAUGGUUUCCAAGGAACAGAGAAAAUUGCACAGGUUAGCAUUGAUGCUGUGAAGUAUCUGGAUCAGAGGCUCUUUGAAACCUAUAUUGAACUAAAAUCGGAUCCAAUUGUUGGCUCUCUAGAGCCUGGAAUUUAUGCUGGAUAUUUUGACUGGAAGGACUGUCUUGCACCUACAGGUGUCAGAACUUACUUAAAAGAAGCUUUAGUUAAUAUCAUAGCUGUGCAUGCAGAGGUGUUUACAAUUUCGAAGGAACUUGUCCCGAGAGUUCUUUCACAGAUUAUAGAGGCCGUUGCUGAAGAAAUGAGCCGAUUGAUGCAAUGCGUAUCAUCCUUUAGUAAAAAUGGAGCAUUACAGGCCAAACUGGAAAUAUGUGCCCUUAGAGAUGCUGUUGCUUCGUUCCUGACUCCUGACAGCAUAUCUAGCUUUAAGCAGGCCCUUGAAGCAUUACCUCAACUUCCCAAUGGAGCAGAUAAGAAGUUACUUGAAGAGCUCCUGAACAAAUUCAAGAGCAGCAUGCACUUACAGCUCACUUGCUUUCAACCUUCCUCACGAAGCAUGGUGAAGACAUAAUGCUGACAAUAUCUAAGGGAUGCAAAUGCCUAAUAUGAAACUAAGUAUCAUAGCUUGAGAAUUUUUAAAAAGUUGUACAUUAAAUAUGUGCCUGCUAAGCCACAAAAUUAUUUCUUAAAAAGGCUGAAAAUCAAAGCAUACUGUUGUUUUGUUGAUGUUUGUCAAGCACAUUUAGCAAAGUUAGAAGCUUAUGUUAGUAAUUUAACUUGGUAGCACCUGGUGCUCUAACCCUAUUUGUAAAAUCUUUAAAUACAUUUCAAGUUGCAUGUCAUUUUCAUAAGGAAAAAAACAUUAAAAAGAGGAUUAAACACUUUAAACUCAGUAUUAGUGUUUCAAGUAAACAUUAUUCUUCAGAAAUGUUAAGUGAUGUACCUAAGUACACAGUUUUUGUGCAUUUCCUUCCCAGCAUUCAAUUUAGAAGCAAGAAUUGAGAACACCAUGACACUUCAUGCAAAAUACAUAAUCUGAGUGUAUUUACCACUAACUUGUGAAAGUUUGAAGAUAUGUACCAGAAGGGCAUGUUCCAAAUCUGGAAUUAUUAAUUGUUAUUUAUGUAUUGCAAGUGAAUAAAUACAAUACAGCAACUUAAUUCUGUUUCAAAGCUUGGGACAUAUUUUUUUAAUUCCUAAAAUUAUAAUUUUAAGGCUGUAAUUUAUUGCAGUCAGGGCAGUAUAAGAAGUGAUAUGAUCAAAGUCUCAUCCGUGAUCAAGCAUUAAAUGGGAAUAUCCCAUAGUGAUAACAGAUUUAAUGCUGUAAUUUUGUUUAAUCUGGUCUUUAAAAUUAUAAUGGGCCUUCCAAGCAAUGUAAGGAAAAGCUAUUCCUACUUAGCUUUGGCUUCAGUUGCUGGAGAAUUUGCUAGAGAAAUGCCAAAAACAUUUGUGCCAGAACAUGUCCUGCUCCACCAUAGGCAAAGAUAAAAGCAAAUCCAAUAAUGCCAUUACUUUUAAAAAGCUAGGUAAAGAUUUUGAAAAGAAAGGAAGUAAAAUGAUUCAAAAGACAAAAGAGAAAGUUUAGGGAACAAACUAAAAUGGAUCAUUUUCAGUCUGCGACCCGACAUCAAUAUAGGGGACAGAUUUGCCUUCUGUGCUGUAUAUUGUAUAAAUCUUAGAAACAGAAUCAUAACCUAAAUAACAGUUAAUGUCAAUACAGGGGACAGAUUUGCCUUCUGUGCUGUAUAUUGUAUAAAUCUUAGAAACAGAAUCAUAACCUAAAUAACAGUUAAUGUAUGGAAUAAAAGUAAUCAUGGAAAAAUUUCCAGCCAUUAAUGUUUCCAUAAAACAUAGGAGCAGAAUUAGAUCACUUGGUCCAUUGAGUCUGCUCCAUAAGCAAUGCUUCAUCAAUGUGCAGUUUAUACUGAAAGCCAUUAGUUUUAUUGACAAAGACAGGCUAACUGUUAUGAGACAUCCCACCUCUCCCGGAAGAUCCAGGAGUCUCCCGCAUAUUAAUAGUGGCUCCCUGAUGCCCGCAAAUUAUAUACAAUAUCACGGAAAUCAAUUUUUUGAGAGCGAGCGAGAGAAAGCAAGCGAGAGCGCGCGAGCGACCACGAGAGAGAGAGCGAGAGCGCGCCAUGGCAGAGUGUUCCAAAAAAAAAUAUAAAACGUACAGUACGUCACCCCAGACUACACUAAAGUGUACCCCUGCCUAAUAGGGGUCAACAAUAAUGACAGUGUUGCUCGCUGCACUGUUUGCAACAGUGACUUAUCUAUUGCCCAUGGUGGGUUAAGACUGUAAAAGACAUGUUGAGGUGAGUUUAACAGGUGUCAUUCAUUCAUUAGCAUAGCUAACGUUAUUUAAACUAGCUGACUAGCUGCUCAGGAGCUACUCUAUUGCAGACAUCCCACCUCUCCCGGAAGUCUCCCGCAAAUUGAUGGUGCUCCCUCCCUGAAAUGAGUUUUUGCAGGGUGGGAUGUCUGUGUUGUGGAAUUAGUUUGUGCUGCUAACAUUC